AUGGUCGCAGAAUCAUUAAACUUUGACAAGGAUUACGAAGCAAGUGUGUUUGAAACAACAAUAAGAGUAGUUGGAGGUCCUCUCAGUGCAUAUGAUUCUUCAGCUGAUAAAAUGUUUCUGGAGAAAGCAAGAGACAUCACUGAUCCACUGUUACCUGAAUGGGAUACGUCAUCUGGUAUCCCAUACAAUAGAAUCAACCUAGCUCAAGGCCAGGCUAAUAAUCCAGGAUGGAAUUGUGGUGGCUGUACACUUGCAGAUUUAGGAACAGAGCAACUUGAAUUUAUAGCUUUAUCACAGAGGACUGGAGAUCUAAAGUAUCAGCAAAAGGUGGAGAAUGUAAUUAGGCAAUUUCAGAAGAUAUUUCCUAGUGAUGGCUUGCUUCCUAUUAAUAUAAUAACUCCUCAUUCAGGAGCUGUGAAAUUGCACUCAAAAAUUACAUUUGGUGCUAUGGGAGAUAGUUUCUAUGAAUACUUGCCAAGGUAUGGAUUAGGAAUGGCAACGGUAUGGAUACAGGGUAACAAAACUAAAAGUUUCAAACAUUACAGGAAAAUGUGGGAAACGUCAAUGGAAGGCCUGUUAAGUUUGACAAGGAAAACUUCUAAUUUCUACUAUGUGUGUGAGAAGAAUGGGGAUUCAUUAUCUGAGAAGAUGGAAGAAAUGAUGUGUUUUAGUACAGGUAUGCUGGCAUUGGGAGCGUCUGGCUAUUACCCGGAAAAAGCAGAGCAAAUUAUGAAUCUUGCAAAAGAGCUUGCAUGGACAUGCUAUAACUUCUACCAAUCAACUCCUACAAAAUUGGCUAGAGAGAACAAUUAUUUCCGUGGCGGACAGGACUUAUCUGUCGGCAAAAGUUGGAACAUCCUUAGACCAGAGACUAUUGAAUCACUUAUGUAUUUGUAGCGCCUAACCGGUAAUAAAACAUGAGAUUGGGUUUGGGACAUAUUCCAAGCAUUUGAGAAGAAUUCCCGUAUAGAAUCUGGAUAUGUUGGUCUGAAAGAUGUGAAUACUGGUACAAAAGACGACAUGAUGCAGAGCUAUCUGUACCUGCUGUUCUCCCCAACAUCGUUUAUCUCGUUCGAUGAGUGGGUCUUCAACACUGAAGCCCACCCACUGAAAAUAGUUACAAGGCAUGACAGUGAAGGUGGCUCAGGCAGUGCAGAAAGUAAGGGUAUUGCUGACUCUGUAAUCCAGCCACAUCCCACAUGGAAGGAAGCAUGGAAAACCUGA